CUUCGGAUCUAGCAUCUCGAGAAUCUGCGUUUCGCAGUUCUAGAAUCUACUAGAACGCUCAGGGGCCGCAAUUGAAGGCAACGGCUGAUUGAGGGAGUCUGACAAACUGUACCGGGAGGUGCGACACGCACGCCACUCUCGGGAAGCUAAUUUCACGGGGCUUCGAUGCCAUUGUGUUGUCUCAGUUGCGGAGGGGUGUCGUGUGACUAAUUGGAUGUCUCAGACCUUUGGUGUGAUCCAUCACCUAUUGUGCAGAGCCUUGCAGGAGCUGGAAGACGCUGUCUAUAGAUGCUUGUUUGCUUGAUCUUUGUCGAAGUGACUGUGUUUGGAGGUCUUAGAUUGCGACUGUCUUAGCGUGGAUUGACUGCUCUCGCUCUGUUUGGCUGUCUGUCUAUUUCUCCCCUCCCCCCUUCUUUCGCGCUCUCUCUUUCGUCGAAGAACUAAUUGUGUUUCAGAAUUCGAACCAGGAUUAGUUUUGGAGAGUUGGGUGUAGGACUUUGGGCGUCGUAGAGUGCGUACGUCCUUGUAUUUAUCAACCAGGUUGAGCAUUAUGAGGUUUGAUAUUGGGCAUAACGAUGUACGUGGGUUUUUCACUUGUGAGGAGGAGCACGCGUACGCACUCCAUUCGCAGACAGUAGAACUGAACCAGUGUGGUUCUAUAUUGAUGCAGCAGAUCCAUGCACCCAUAGAGGUUGUGUGGUCCAUUGUGAGGUCGUUUGGCAGUCCACAGAUUUACAAGAAGUUUAUACAAGCUUGUAUCUUGACAGUGGGCGAUGGUGGGGUUGGGAGUAUCAGAGAAGUGUUUCUGGUGUCGGGUGUUCCAGCCACUUCCAGUAUAGAACGGUUGGAAAUCCUUGACGAUGAGAAGCAUGUUUUUAGUUUUAGGGUGUUGAAGGGAGGCCAUCGUCUGCAGAAUUAUCGGUCCGUGACCACGCUUCAUGAGCAGGAGGUAAAUGGCAGGCAGACUACCACAGUGUUAGAGUCUUAUGUUGUUGAUGUACCAGAUGGUAACACGAGGGAGGAGACUCACAUGUUUGCUGAUACUGUUGUAAUGUGCAACUUGAAAUCCUUGGCGCAAGUUGCAGAGUGGAGGGCCAUGCAAGGGAUUACGCAACAAUUGUCAACCUCCUCCCUGUAAAGGCUUGGAUUUGUCAUGUUGGGGAUAUGGAUUGUGUGUGCAUCAGCGGUGCAGUGCAAGACUUUUGGCCGUGUUUUUCUUUUUCUUUUUUCCGACGUCUUUUGCAGCAAGGAGUCUUACAACGCUCGCAUUCUCGUGUUUGCGAAGUAUUACGUUGCAAAGACUCGCUCACGGUACUGCGGCAACGGCGACGGUGACCUUCUUGAAGACCUUGCUUGCGUGCUCACAGCGUCCAAAGCCUGUGCUUCCUGCUUUCGGGCAGCUCUUUCGCCUGCCCCUCUAGCAAGCUGCGUCCAACACCGGCUCUGUGUUGGCGUUAAAUGCGCGAGGUAGUCCGUCCUCAGUUCCCUUACGUUUAAGAGGUUCGCCGUCGAGUUGGGUUUCGCCUGAAUUUCGACAUAGCUACGUGCGUUGGAAAUGUGGUUGCCGAUAAGCAGAUGCGGUUAAUCACGCUCUGCUUGUUGUGGCGUGGGUUUUUGGGGAUUGGUAAUGUGCUAGGCUGGCGAUGCGACUUUACAGGGAAGAAUGUUAACAAUGAGUGCAAGGUCUUGUUGUUGCGAACCGCGGAACAAAUCGUUUGCAGCUACCCAGAUUCCAGUAAGAGCGGGCCUGGUGGGAGGUGGUCGAGCGGCGUCUUUCAACGAAGACUUUGGACAUACCUAAGAGACAUCGCCUCCAAACUGUGGCUAAGAAGGCCGGUUUUGAUCUGAGUGACAUCUGGUUAGGUUAAUUUUUGUAAUCCUUAUGGGAAGCGUCAUGCAGUUUGUAGCACGCUCGGGCACAGGUUAUAAAAAUAGACCUUCACACUUAGCAGAACUUGUUGAGCGUGUGAUUGAAUUCGAGCUGCUAUUGAAGUCCUUUGUUUAUGUAUGAUAUCUGUAGAACUUUUCUAGACUUUAUGCCACCUGAGCUACCAUGUAUAGAAGCAGUUACUUUGUCAACCGUGCUUGAUGGUACACGGCUGUCAGCUUUUAGCGGUCGUGGUAUCUGAAUGAAGAUGCAGUUAUCUUGAAUUGAAAUUUUUGGUAAUUUUGCCUUUGCAGCUGGCAUAAAUAUUGGCA